AUGGAAGGCCACCGAUACGUCUCGGGGGACCGCGGCUGUUCGGCCCUGGAGAAGAACCCGGCUGACCUGACGGUGAUGGACGUGUACGACAUCGCCGCCACACUGGGCCACGAGUUCGAGCGGAUCAUCGACCAGUACGGCUGCGAGGCGCUGUCCCGUCUCAUGCCCAAGGUGGUGAGGGUGCUGGAGAUCCUGGAGGUGAUGGUGAGCCGACACAGCAUCGGCGGACCCGAAGCCGACGAGCUAAGACUCGAGCUGGACAAGCUCAGGUUGGAGAGGAUCGAGAGGCUGGAGAAGGAGAAGAAGCAUCGGAAGGAGCUGGAGCUGGUUGAAGACGUGUGGCGAGGCGAGGCUCAGGAUCUACUCUGCCAGAUCGCGCAACUGCAGGAGGAGAACAAGAGCCUCCUGGACAACGUCUCCACACGAGAACCCGUGAGCGAGGAAGACCAGCAGAGGAACGACAGCAUGAGCGAGCGUGAGCGUCAGGUGAUGAAGAAGCUGAAAGAGGUGGUGGACAAGCAACGGGAUGAGAUCCGGGCCAAAGAUCGCGAGCUCACGCUCAGGAACGAGGACAUAGAAGCGCUCCAGCAGCAGCAGAGCCGUCUGAUGAAGAUUAACCACGAUCUUCGCCACAAGAUCUCUGUGGUGGAGGCGCAGGGCAAAGCCUUGAUCGAGCAGAAAGUGGAGCUGGAGGCCGGCGCUCAGACCCGUGGCCAAGAAGUGGGAGCCCUGCGGCAGGAAGUGGCGCGCCUACGGGAGCGGCUAAAGGGUCACGCCCAGGAAGUCCCGCCUCAGAUCCCCUCGCCAGCGGAGCGUGAACCUGCGGCCGGGGCGGAGGGUUGGUGGGAAUCAAGUCCCCCACCGGCGCCGCCCGGUUCGCUCGACCGCGAAAGACCCGACGAGGACGAGGAUGACGAAGCGGCGCUGCUUUGGGAGGCCAUGUGCGAUGAAGACAUGCCUGCUGUGUACCAAUAUUUCACCAAGGAGGCACUUUGCCAGGAGGAGGAGACCAGUCCAGAGCUCCCGGACUCCAAGGACCCGAACCGGGCCCGCUUCACCAUGCAGGAGUUGCGGGACGUCCUGCACGAGCGCAACGAGCUGAAAGCCAAAGUCUUCCUUCUCCAAGAGGAGCUGGCCUACUACAAAAGUGACGAAACGGAAGAUGACGUGAACGUCCCCGAGCCUGAAAUCAGGACGCGAUCGCGAUCCGCUGUGCAGCCAGAGUCCGGAAUCAAACGCUUGUUUAAUUUUUUUUCCCGUGACAAACAGCGGAAUUGGCAACGAGGCAAUGCGCACGACGACGCUUUCACCGAACAAGCUCAGGAGGCCUUACCGCACUUUUAG